AUGGUUUCUUGUCAGACGUUUUUCAACACAAACACACACACACACACACACACACACACACACACACACACACACACACACACACACACACACACACACACACACACACACACACACACACACACACACACACACACACACACACACACACACACACACACACACACAACACGUGGUGCUCUCUCUCUCUCUCUCUCUCUCUCUCUCUCUCUCUCUCAUUCCUUCUCUCUCUCUCUCAUCUCAUUCUCUCUCGGCCAUCUGAGAAUGGGCAAGAAGGUGAAGACGGGAAAGGAUCGGCGGGACAAGUUUUAUCACUUGGCCAAGGAAACGGGUCUGCGCGCCCGUUCAGCCUUCAAGCUGGUCCAGCUCAACCGCAAGUUCAACUUUCUCCAACAAUCCAAAGUCUGCAUCGAUCUCUGUGCCGCCCCCGGUGGCUGGAUGCAAGUUGCGGCACAAAAUAUGCCCCCGUCCUCUUUGAUUAUCGGUGUGGAUCUCGUGCCCAUCAAGCCCAUCAAGGGAUGCAUUGGCUUGGUGGCGGACAUUACGACGGAGCGCUGUCGGCAAAUGCUGCGCAAAGAGAUGAAGCAUCUCAAGGCCGAUGUGGUGCUGCACGACGGUGCUCCCAACGUCGGUACCUCUUGGAUUCAGGAUGCUUUCACCCAGGCUUCGCUUGUGCUCAAGUCCCUCAAGCUGGCCACUGAGUUUCUUGUCGAAAAGGGCACCUUUGUGACCAAGGUCUUCCGCUCUCGCGACUACCACGCCCUCAUGUGGGUCUUCAAGCAGCUCUUCCGCAAGGUUCAAGCCACCAAGCCCACCUCCUCGCGUAAUGUCUCGGCUGAAAUCUUCGUCGUUUGCCAGGGCUUCCUGGCCCCAGACCGCAUCGAUCCUAAGAUGCUGGAUCCCAAGUAUGUCUUUGAGGAAAUUGACGAUGGACAGACGCUGCCCGACAUUUUCAAGGACCCCAAGCGCAAGCCUCGCGCCGAGGGUUAUGAUGACAACGUCAAGCAGAGCAUGUUCACCUCCAUCACGGCUGAGGACUUUGUCAAGAGUGACAAUCACUUGGAUCUUCUAGCCAUGCACAAUCAGAUUGUAUUUGAUGAUGACAGUCUGAUUGCCAAGCAUCCGGCCACGACUGGCGAAGUCCGCUCUCUCGCCGUCGAUCUCAAGGUCUUGGGCAAAAAAGACUUUCGAACCUUGAUCAAGUGGCGCCAACAGAUGGCCAUGAUGCUUGAAGAAGCUGCCAAACUGCAACGGGCGGCUGAAGGUGCUGAUGGCGAAGGCUCGGAGGACGAAGAAGAGGACGAGGAAGGUGAGGGAAGCGAGGAGGAUGGCGAAUCCGCUGAUUCGCAGGACGAGCUUGAGACAGCCCUGGCCGAAGCCAAGGCCGAAGAAAAGGCGAAACUCAAGCGCAAGCGCCGCCUCAAGGCCAAGGAGCACCGCAAGCUGCGCGAGCGCAUGGCGUUGCAGAUGGAAACACCCAUGGACAUGGCCGAAGACACAAAUGAACGCAUCCUCUUCAACCUCAAGGCAGUCAAGAACGCAGAUCAACUUGCAGCCCUGGAUGAGGGUGAUAUGGAAGCGGCCAUGGACCCGUUGAUGGAAGUGGCCGACGAAGCUCGUCCUCGCCGUCACAUCACCCUCGAUCUUAGCGAGGAAGGCUCUCACGCCAUGAUGGAGGAGGCCUUGGAGCGUGAUUAUGAACAGUACCUGGAGCGCAAAAACAAGAAGAAGCGCGUGGUUCGUCAUCACAACAAGAGCUCCGUCAUCGAAGCGCGCGUUGAUGGCCAAGAUGCAGACGGAGAUGAUGCCGAUUUUGCCGCCGCUGCCCCGGCUUCUGUGGCGGCUGACGAUGAGGAUGAGGCGUUGGAAAACGACACCGGUCUGCUGGUUCGCUCAGCCUCGAAGCAGCGCAACACGGCUGCCAUGUGGUUUGCCCAAAACCAGUUUGAAGACUUGGACGAAGACUUGGAUCUCGAUGAUGAAGAGGAGGAGCGUGCCGCGGCCCUGCGCAAGGGUGCCACAUCUAGCACCAACGGUGGCCCAGCGAGCAAGCGUCGCAAGACGGCUGAGGAGCUUGCCAAGGAAUAUGCCAACGAAGAGUGGGCCGAAGCUAUGGGCCUGCAGUUUCAUGCUGACGAUUUGGACGAAUCAGACGGAGAGCUGGACUCGGCUGACGAAUUUGAUGAUGAAGAUGAGGAUGAUAUGGAGGGGCUCAACACGGCCAGUCGACGUGCGGCAGCUGUGGCACGGGCUCGUGCUCAGGCUGAGGCCGCGGCCGAGGCAGGAGAGGAUGGCGACGAAGCGACGGAACAGAAUGCCGAUUUUGACGCCGCUUUUGCGCAAUUGGAUCAAGCGCUGGGCAACGACACCAAGCAGUUGGCCGUACAAGCUGCCGUGGGUGACCAAGUGCCCACAAAGAAGGGUGACAAGGGACGCAACCAGGGUGGUGGCUUUGAAGAGGUGCCCAUGGAUACUCCAGAGUCGAGCACUAAUCGCCCCGGUUUGGAUGCCGCUGGCUUGGCCAUGGCCACGGAAAUGAUUGUGCGUCGCAAGCGCCGCGAGAUGAUCGAGGCGGCGUACAACCGCUUUGCACACAACGAUGACCCCUUGCCCAUGUGGUUUGCGGACGAGGAAAACCCGCAUCGUGAGCGCAUUAUUCCCACCUCCCGUGAGAUGGCUGAUGAAAUUAAACAACGACAGCGUGAGAUCAACGCGCGCCCACUGCGCCGUGUGCUGGAGGCCAAGGCGCGCAAGAAACAACGUGUUGGCCGCGCCUUGGACAAGCUCACCAAGCAAGCAGAGGCUAUUGCUGAAAAUGACUCUCUCACUGAGCGUGAAAAGGGCCGACAGAUCCAACAACUGUACAAGCAGUACAACCGGUCACGCAACCAGAAGCGCGAGACAACAUAUGUCGUGGCAAAGCGCAGCCUAGCAGCCAAGCGUGCCGUUCGCCCCAAGGGCUUGACCGGACGCUACCAGCAAGUGGAUCAGCGUAUGAAGGCGGAUCGUCGCGGCAUGCGUGCCAGUGCGCGACGCCAGAAGAAGGCGGCCAAGCACCGUCAUUAAGCUUGCAUGCAAGCAAAUGCCUUAGUCGCCGCUGUCGUCUCGGGUUUGUGUCGCCCGUGUCCGUGGUAGUUGUCUGCGGUUUGCGUUGCUGGGCAGUGCCGGUGUGUUGCUUCGUCAAGCAAAGGACGCUGCUGGAGGGCCCAAGGCCCAUGUCAAUCGAGAUUUCGUGCUCAAAGCAAAGGUUGCGCGUCUGGAAUCAGCACGUGCGAGAAGAAGAAAAAAAAAAGAAACAUUUGAAAUUCAGGCACAUGAGAG